AUGUUUCAUCCAACAACAAAACAGAUUUUUGUUUACGCCGUCAUUCUGACCGAAAAACGCGUUCGACUCUAUCAAUUCGAUCGAAGCGGCGUCCAAUACUCCGCUCUCAUCAAUAUACACGACAAUCCGUCUCAUUUUGUUCGUAUCAUGCUCGGUGUCGCUUCCCCUGAUGCAGAGAAAGUCGGGUUCGAUCCCAAUGUCAAAUGGGAAGGAAAAUGCCGAGUUCUCUAUACGCUAGAUGAAAACGGAAUAAAAAUCCGGUACAACCUGACGUCUGCAAAACCUCUUUUCUGGCGGCGUGCGAUUCGCGGUCGAGGCACUCAAUGCCAUGCGGUCACCGGCCCAGACGGCGAGAAACGUCUCGUCAAAGAAGCCUGGCGGUCGAAAGAUCGGACGCCGGAAUGGCAGUUUCUGGAGGAAGCCAAGGGUUUGGCUGGGGUUGGGCAAAUGAUCGCUCACGAGGAGACCAAAUAUACCACGGCCAAGCACAGGGGGAUUGACAUGUCGAGCUUUGUUGAUGAGCCAAACCCCGCGUUCCAUGACAGGAUAUUCUCUCGGACGACACUUCAAGCCUACGGGGAGCCUAUAGACAGGUUCGAGGCGCGGCUUCAGCUGCUGUAUGCCUUUCGUGAUGCUAUUGCUGGUCAUCAAAACUUGUGGAGAAAAAAUAUCUUACAUCGCGACAUUAGCAUCAACAAUAUUCUACUUGGGAAUGAAGGCGCCGAACCUGGUAACCGCGGUCUUCUGAUAGAUUUGGACAUGGGGAUUUGGAUCGAUCGUACGAGCAGCCUGGCCGGCGCUGAUUUCCGCACUGGAACGCGUGCAUUUCAAUCCGUGAUGGUUCUGAGAAGUGCAUUCUUUGGAACCACGGCUGCUACUCACGAUUAUCUCGACGAUCUGGAAUCCUUCUUCUACGUUCUUUAUUGGAUUUGUUGCACUUAUGAGAAGGCUAGACGGCUGUGGGAGCACUCCCCCCCGCCCUGA